CCUCUUUUUUCUCGCCAGCAGCCACUCUUCUUCUCUUCAGUCUAUUCUGCGUCGUCCGGUGAAAAGCAACUCUUGUCUGGUGUGUCCAUCUCGUCCUUUUUUGCAAUCCCCUCUUUUCGUCCCCCGUGGCAGUGAAGCCCUCUUCUAAACUCGGGUGACUAAUUGAUGUACCAUUGACUGAAAUUUAAUUAUUUGGGCGUCCGUCACCAGGGGCUGCUCGGAGGAAAGUACAAAAGGUGUGUGUGUGUAGACAGUAGUAUAUUUGUAAGUUGGGAGUGGUGUGUUAUCAUCGUCGUAGGGAACAAGAUCAAGUCAGACAGAAUCAUCAGCAAUAAAACGCAGGUCAUUAUCAUCAUCAUUGCAAAAUUAGUUGUAGUACAAGAAGAAUAAUCAAGAAUCGCUGAUACAAUGGAAAACGGAGCAAAGUUCAUGAAUGGGGAUUUAAGGAAGAACUCCUUGGACGAGGAGCCCACUGUGCCGGUGCUAGUAAAUGGCGAGGGAGAGGAGAUCGAUGGAGAAGGUGAUGAAGGAUCCAAGAGCCCCAGUGGCGUUGGUGGGGCGGCCGCCGUCAUGCAGGACUCACCUGCGGAUCGUAUCAAACGUAAGGCCAGGCGAUUGACAAAAGGCUUGUCGAAGGAAGUUUUGAAUGGGACUGCUCCCCUUCCUGUGUCUCGAUACUUGAAAAAUUCACGCAAGCCGCGCAACGGGUUUGGACGUGGACUUCCCAAAAAAGGCGGUGCUGGUGGCAAGCACACGUGGGGUGCAUAUGGCUCAGAAGGGUCUGACGGUGCGGCUCUUGAUUAUAAGGAUCCCAACUACGACUCGGAAUCGUUGGAUAACGGAGAUAUUCAUUUGGAGGCUAUCAUUCCGGAGAUGUCUGAUGAUGAAAUUCAAAAAAACGUUGAAUCUACGAUUCUGGAGUAUUUUGAGGUGGGAGAUACCGGUGAAGUAUUUUCGGCUCUUUCCGAUCUGAACUUUGGUCAGAAAAAGUAUCAGAUUGUUGUAAUUGCUGUCGAGGCAGCCAUGGAUCAUAAGCCUUCGCACCGCGAACUGACCUCGGUACUGAUCUCUGAAUUGGCUGAUGAUGAACUUGGCAUUGGGCAAGAGGACGUUGCCAAAGCAUUUGAUGUGCUUUUGCAAAACCUGCCCGACUUGGUUUUGGAUGCCCCAGAUGCUGCAACAAUUCUUGGGAAUUUUAUCGCUCGGGCUGUUGCUGAUGACUGCAUCUCUGCCGGUUUUGUUCAUUCCAGGAAAGAUGUAAUGGAGAAUGAGCACGCAAAGGCCGCCGUGACUCACGCUGAAGUCUUACUUUUGGAUAAGAUUGCCAUGCUUCGUCUGCACAAUGUCUGGGGAGUUGGUGGUGGGGCUCAGCCGGUCAAAGCGUUGUCCAAGCGGAUUCAUAUGCUUCUUAAAGAGUUUCUCUCUUCAAAUGAUGCCACGGAAGCGGCUCGUUGUCUCAGCGAGCUCGAAGUACCGCAUUACCAUCAUGAACUUGUUUACGAAGCGAUUGUGAUGGCCCUCGAGUCAAUGUUGGAAACUAAUGAGGACAGUAUUUGUCGAUUGCUAAAGUCGCUGUACACGUCAUGCCUAGUGACUCCCGAUCAGAUGAAACAAGGAUUUCAGCGUGUUUUCGACGAUCUUCCGGAUAUCUGCAUUGAUGUCCCAUUGGUGUAUUCUCUUAUUGAGCGUUUCGCUAACAAGGCAUUGGCUGCAGAGAUCAUUACGAAGGAACUCGUGCUCGAAGUUCCAAUUCGUGGCCGAAAGCGUUUCGUCUCCGAAGGUGACGGUGGAAAAAUUAAAGAGGAAACUUUGUAACUGGACACGCACCCAUUCAUUCAAAAAGCUACCACCAUAUUACGGAAUUAACACCACCAUCUACACACACACCCGUUUUGAAUAUCUGUCCGGAAAUCACCACUACGACAUUUUUUUGAAUUGGCAAUAUUGUUUUAAAACACUUUACGUGUUACAACCAAAUUUGUUUGUUUUUUAGUUAAAUAGUAUAAUUGAUAUUGAUAUAUGUUGCCAAAUUCUUCAUGUCUGUAAUGUAAUGAACCAGUGAAAAUAUUGAAAUCCAACCCUUACCCACAAAACGCAUCCGGUCAUCUCUGUUGUUAUUAUUGUUAUAAUUGUUAUUGGUAGAUUAGAUCUUAGCCCUACUACCGCAUUAUUUUAUUCCAAGCAUUAAGUAUAUAUAUAACGUAUACAUAUAUUUAAUUGAAAUUAAGUAAUUAGUCAACUAGAAGACAACCGUCUUCACCAUGAACUACAACUACAUACUACUCCAUUCACACAAUGGGGGGCAAGUUUAUAGACUAGAAUCGAAUGCAAAAUGAUGUACCUUACUCUAAAAAAAAAUUUAAAUUCUAGUAGAUUUGAAAUAUUUAUUUUACUAGGUCUGCCUUGCUCGUUGUGGUGGAUGCGAGAUUUAUAUUAUUAUAAUUAUUAUUGGUUUAAUAACGACUCAACAUUAACGAUAAGACAUAGUAUAUAAUAUUUAAAUGAAUGACUAGUGGUGUUCCAGUCAGUAUUUUUCAAAACGAAUAUGGACACGUAUAUAACAGAAUCUUUUUUUUUUCUUUUCCUAAUACUUUAAAAAUCCCUUUUUUCAAGUGAAUUGUGCAAAAAUAUUAUAUGAAACGUUAACUACGGUGGUUAUUGAAAUUGUUGCAAUCUACUAAUGGCAAAGAAAAACUCUUUUCCCAAAAAAGAGCCAUAUUCCGCCAUUUUUCAGUUAAUUUUUAUCAAAGUAAUUUCUCUAGUUGAAAUGAUGAUGCCCUAUAUAACUCAUCGAUUUAAUUUUUUUUUUCAAAUUAAAGUAUUAAAAUAUAUGAAAAAAUUGGGUUAAGAAAAGAGAACUGAAAGAAACUUUAUAGUGAAUAUAAUCAUCAUACUUAGAAAAUUAUUAUACUACCCAAAAUAAUUAUAUAAUGAUAAAACACACACAAGUCGCAAUCUUGUACUGGUCUCCUUCUUCUUCAUCGCAACCAAAAUAUGAAAAAAGGACACCACAUAUUUUUAUGUUCUCUAUAAAAAAUAUAUAUAAAUAUAUAACGCCUAGCUAAAUUUAUAGUGAAAUUUCCCCUUGCUACUGCUGAACAAAACGAUACUUGUUUAAUUAAAAAAUUCCCUUCCUAUAUAACCACCAACCACCACUAAAUACCCGACAGACACACCCCGAACGGACCGACACACCUACAGGAUGGAUAAGAAAAGAAGCAAUUUUUCUGUCACCAAGCAUUAAAUUUUUGUACUUCGAUUAUUUCGUUUUUACUUGUUGUUAAAAAAACUAGGACCAACCAACCAAGUAAUUUUUAUUGAGUGUGUACUAAUUCUGAGCGAGCGAGUGACCUCACUCUGGCUUUCGAACGAAUUAGUACGUGCGGCGAUGACAGGAUGAUGACACAAAUAAACAAGAGCAAAAUGUCAAAAUUACCAUGUAAUAAUAUAUAAUACCAGGAAAAAAAUUGUAUGCAGUGAUGUUAACACAUUGCCUUUGGUUAAUAACAAAACACCAUUGUUUAAAAGUUAAAAA